AACAAAAUGGGGAUUAAGGGCAAUGUCACAGAAUUCAUUCUCUUUGGACUAUCUGAUGACCCCAAAACACAGAUAUUUUGUUUUAUCUUCUUCUUCUUCUGUUAUAUCAGUCUCCUCACAGGAAACCUUGUCAUUCUCAUCUCCAUCCAUUUUAGUCAUCUUUUCAAUCAACCAAUGUACUAUUUCCUCAGUCACUUGUCUUCAGUAGACAUCUACUAUACUUCCAGUGUUACACCAAAAUUACUUCAGAAUCUAUUAACUAAGAGAAAAACUAUCUCUUAUGAUUAUUGCAUGUUUCAAGUCUUCAGUAUGCAUUUUUUUGGAGUUAUCGAGGUCUUCAUCUUGACUGCAAUGGCCUUAGACCGCUAUGUUGCCAUCUGUAAACCUCUCCAUUAUAUGGUCAUCAUGAGCAGAAAGAAAUGCAACCUUCUUGUGUUCGUUGCUUGGGCUGGAGGGGCUGCUCACUCCUUUCCUCAAUUAUCCAUGAUUCUCAAAUUACCCUUCUGUGGCCCCAGUGAAAUCGAUCAUUAUUUCUGUGACAGCUUCCCCUUACUGAAAAUUGCCUGUACAGACACUUACAUGUCUGGUGUUUUUGUUGUACUGAAUUCAGGGAUACUUGCCUUGGUAAUAUUUGUGAUAUUAUUUGUUUCUUAUGCUAUUAUCUUAUGGACUCUACGCACACAUUCAGCUGAAGGGCGAAGGAAAGCUCUCUCUACCUGUGGAUCUCAUUUCACAGUUGUCGUUUUGUUUUUUGUGCCUGCAUUUUUUUCCUAUGUUCGACCUCCCACCACCUAUUCAGAAGAUAAAGUGUUUGCUCUAUUUUAUACUAUUAUUGCUCCUAUGUUCAACCCAUUAAUCUAUACUCUGAGAAAUACUGAGAUGAAAAAUGCCAUGAGAAAGGUGUGGUGUCAAAAGAUUUUAGGGAAAGUAAAUCUAAAUCAGUUGCAUUAA